ACUUUCUUGGCUCUUAGCAUGGAUGAUGCAUUUGUCCUUCUCGCUCACGCUUUCAAGAAAUAAAGAAACGGUAAUUACGUCGAUCUCUCGACCUUUCUCUCCAAUGGAGGUUAAACUACUUAGCUCCGUCUUCGGGCUCUCUCCUGUCUCGUCAGAAAGAGUGGUCGGCAACGCUGUUCUCCCCAUUUCGAAGUCAAACCCACGAAGACAAACGAAUCGAGUCACGGCCAUUAACUCCGUAGCAUCGAAGACUCAUGUAGGUGUCCAACGGAUAAUAAAGUAUGAAAACGGAGCAGCGACGAUCGCGAAGGUGGUGGAGAAUCCGUAUUUGAAAGCGGAGACGGCGAGUCCCGAUCUGCAUAAGAGCUUGUUGGACUUCUUGGAGGAAGCAAGAGACUUCGUGGGAGAUGAUGAUGGUCCACCUCGUUGGUUCUCUCCGUUGGAGUGUGCAGCUCAGGCUCAAGGCUCUCCUCUACUUCUUUUCAUACCUGGUAUUGAUGGCACUGGACUUGGGCUCAUUCGGCACCACAAGAAACUUGGGGAGGUUUUUGAUGUAUGGUGCCUUCACAUUCCAGUCAGAGAUCGUACUCCUGCUAAAGACUUGGUGAAGCUUAUUGAGAGGACAGUUAGAUCAGAGAAAUAUCGUUUCCCAAAUAGACCUAUAUAUUUAGUUGGAGAAUCUAUUGGAGCGUGUCUUGCGUUAGAUGUUGCAGCUAGGAAUCCCGACAUCGAUCUUCUUCUGAUAUUGGCUAAUCUAGCCACUCAUGUCAACUACUUCAUGUCGCAACCUCUAGUGGGAAUGCUGAAUGUUUUACCAGAUGGAGUUCCCACACUACUGGAAGAAAUAUUUGGUUUUAAGCAUGGCGAUCCAUUGACUGGAAUGAUAGACGCUCUAAUGAAUGAACUUGCUGUCCAUCAAAUGAGUGGAGUUGGUGGAGGGAUACUAAAAGAUCUCUUUGCAAUUUCUACUCAUCUUCCUACUUUGAGUAGGCUCUUCCCAAAGGACACACUUCUCUGGAAGGUGGAGUUACUUAAGUCUGCUGUUACAUCUGCGAAUGCUCACAUAUACGCGGUCAGAGCUGAAACACUGAUACUUCUCAGUGGACGAGAUCAAUGGCUUCUGAAGGAGGAAGACAUCAACAGAUACUCGAUAACAUUGCCAAAAUGUAUUGUCCGUAAGCUUAAAGACAAUGGGCACUUUCUCUUUUUUGAGGAAGGUGUAGAUCUGGUUAAUAUCAUCAAGUGCACUAACUUGUAUCGACGUGGGAAGUCUCAUGAUCACCUUUCAGAUUACAUUAUGCCUACCAGAUAUGAGUUAAAGAAACAACUAGACGACCACAAACUUCUGAUAGAUGCUACUUCCCCUGUAUAUCUGUCAACAUUAGAAGACGGUAAAAUUGUGAGGGGAUUUGAAGGUUUACCUUCAGAAGGACCUGUACUGUACGUUGGCUAUCACAUGUUAUUAGGACUUGAGCUAGGUCCAAUGAUAACUCAAGUUUUGAAAGAAAGAAACAUUCACUUGCGCGGUAUGGCACAUCCAAUGCUGUUUAUAAACAGCGAAGUCACGUUUGUGGACACACAGAUGCUUGACAAAUACAAAAUAUUGGGUGGAGUUCCUGUCUCCAACUUCAAUAUCUACAAACUACUGCAAGCAAAGUCUCAUGUGCUUUUGUAUCCUGGUGGUAUCCGUGAAGCUUUGCAUAGAAAGGGUGAAGAAUACAAGUUGUUCUGGCCAGAGCAACAAGAGUUUGUGAGAGUUGCAUCUAAAUUUGGAGCAAAGAUUGUCCCAUUUGGUGUUGUUGGUGAAGAUGAUAUCUGCAAGCUUGUCCUGGAUGGCGAUGAUCAAAGGAACAUUCCUAUCCUAAAGCAAUUUAUGGAAGAAGCAACAAAGCAAGCUGGAAACUUAAGGGAAGGAGAUGAGACUGAACUAGGAAACCAGGACUGCUAUCUCCCAGGACUUCUACCUAAGAUUCCUGGGCGGUUCUACUACUACUUUGGAAAACCAAUAGAAACAGAAGGCAAGGAACAAGAGCUAAGAGACAAAGAGAAGGCUCAAGAGUUUUACUUGCAAGUCAAGUCUGAGGUUGAACAAUGCAUUGCAUACUUGAAAAUGAAAAGAGAGGGUGAUCCCUACAGACACUUGUUGCCAAGGAUGAUGUAUCAGGCUUCACAUGGUUUUUCUUCUGAAAUUCCGACGUUUGAUCUCUGAAAUGAUUCUCGCUUUUGAUUAUUUACAUAAUUACAUUAUACUAUGGUUAUGUUGUACGUAGACAUUAAUUUCUGAAAAAGAAA